GACAGACAGCUCGUAAAUUGAAGUCUGGACUUGAUUCUCGGGUGCAGGGUCGACUGCUGUCCGCACGCAUCAACGACGUAGACCGACCUCUCUCAAACCGCCAUCUGACGUGGCAUACUAAUUAUGGCACUUAUCUUGACGAGUGUGCCGCUUGCCGGCGUCCUUGGUAUAGCGUUCUCCUCGAUGUUCGUCGGCGGAAAUUGGGUCGUCACUUACGCGAAUGUGCCUGUCUUGAUGCUGCCAUCAUCGACGUCCUCCGCAGAUAAGGCGCAAAAACCAGAAGCGAGCCCAUCGCAUCUUGCUCGCCAAUGGCAAAUGACCUACGACAUAGGCAGCAAAGCAGGUCCAUUCUUGGCGGUCUCUUCCUGCGUUUCUUACUUGUACGCGGCAAGAGAGCUCCCAUCUGCGGCGGUCACCCAGAAACGACUAUUUGUCGCUGCAGCAGUGUUAAGCAUGGCAAUUGUGCCCUUUACCUUCACGGUCAUGAAAAGGACCAAUGGUGAAUUACAUCGCCGGGCACUGGCGGCAACGCAAGGCAAAGAGGAGGAAGCCAAAGCAGAUGCUGAGAAAGACGGGGUCGAAAGCUAUCAGACCAAUGAACUUCUCCGCUGGUGGUCGACUCUGAAUAUCUUGAGAGCCUCGAUUCAUGUUGGAGCGAUUAGCUGUGGCAUUGCGGCAAUGUUGCUUUAACUGCAUUGCCACUUUGCGGUUAUUGUGGCCUCCAUUGAGUCUUUGCUGCUCAUCGCGGCCCUUGUGGGGGACAAACCACAAGCGCAGGAAGAAUUGCUUUGUUUUGACCAGAAGCACUCCUUUGCUACUGGUUUCAGGUAGAAAUUUGCAGUGAACUGGCUCGUCCCGAUGGUGUCGAGAAUGUUGGCUUGGUGGGCAGACGGCUCUUUCAUCCUCAGAUGCAGUCUGGCCAUUUGUUGUCUGAAUCUAGCGACAGGCGCAGUCCAGACUGUGACACAUCCUGCAUGGUGGUGACUCUGCGAGCAGAGAGUUGGGUGCUGGUGACAUCAGAUACGCCACUCAAAAAUUGAAGAAUAUCUCCCUCGCUG